CGCUUCUCCCUCCCGCUGCUCCUCUCAACCUCCAAGCUAUUCCCCUUGCCCCGUACUAAAUGCCUCCUUUCUUCUCCUACACCAUCCUCCCCUACCAGCUCACAGAGGUCCCUUACCCCAUGCGUGAGUUCUCGGAGUAUUUGGUGGAGCUAACUGACGUGGAGCCGCUGCCCUUCGCCGACGAAGACGCGUGGGAGUUGCACCAUGCGAUGUACAAGUCGGUGGCGCUGGGGAUGUUCCGGUUCUUCGUGGAUCACGAAGACCACGCUAUCAGGGAGCACUUCGUCGUUUACUACGUCAUCGCGCGCCCCAAGCAAGCGGAGAAGGAAGGGACGGUGGCGCUGUACCCCUUCGCCCUGCUCCAGACAAUCGAUCCGGGAUUGUUGGAGCUCAUACAUCUUGAGCUCCUCUCCAUUGCGCAAGUGAUCGCGAGCGAGGAGGAGGAGAUCCAACCACGAUUGCGAACGGCGACGGCCCCGCGGAGAACGUACAACGCGGUCGUCAUCCCAGAUUACAUUGCGCAGCGCGCGGAGAGAUUGGAGGACUUCCCGGAGGAAAAGUCGUUGCGUCCUCCCUCGUCGUAUCCUCGACCAGCGCCACCGAAGGCCCCCAAGAAGAUGCCGAAGAGGAAGAGAUGCCACCCGUGGCCAGGUGCGCAAAGCAGCAGGAUCGGCGGCGGCGAGGAGGCGGUUCAGCCCGCGCGUACGCGGAUUUCUGACCCUAUGCCUGGGAGCGCGACGACGCUCGUUAAGGAGACUAUCGUGCCAUCGCCGCCCAUUCCGCAUGUGCCCGAUCUCAAUCUUGAUGGAGCCGGGCCAUCAUCAUCAGCAGCAGCCAGAGGAGGAAGCCGAAUGGGAUUCCGGGAUCCCAUAUCCAGACCCCCCGUAGUGUCGGCAAAGGCUGCAGCUUUGCCGACGACAAUGGCAAGGAAGGACGUCAGGCCUGGAUUGCUUGUUGGAAUGGAGCGCCGGUGCAUUCUCAUGUCGGGACUCCCUCUGGCCAUUUUCAUCACUGUGACUUCUUUUCUGAACUACAACUGUCAGUCACACUUAUUUAAUCAGCUUCCAAGUGGAUUGAAAUCACAUCUGCCGCAAGGAAUGCCAAGUCUUGCAAUCCCUUCAGCAAAUCCAAGUGCCAAUGCAUCUGGAGUUCCCUCUGAAGUGCAUCCGACGCGUGGAAUGGAUGACCGUGUUUCCCAGCUGAAGGAUGAGGAAUUGGGAGGAGACGGUCGUGAUGCUUGGUCCGCUUCCGGCGAUGGGAACACGAGGAAUAGCAGUGCCAAGGAUUGGGGAAAAAGCAGCCGGAGAGAAACCGUGGACGACAAUGCUGACGCUCAUCAGUCGCCUGCAGAUCCGUCACCUGAUGUCGCAAACUCAUCAUCAGCUGCCGUCUCAGACGGAAGUCUGACGCCGGCCCCCUCAGACAGGGUGGUAAAUCCUGCUGUGGGCAUCUUGCCGAGAAGCGAUGCUGUGCCGGUUUUCCCGAAUGUUACAAAGCUACGCAUUUUAACCGAUUACGAGUCACUCAAAAGAUAUGCAGAGUCGUCGUCGUCGUCUCUUGGAUCAGCGGAAGACAAAGGCGGUUCGAAGAGCAACAACUGUGCAACCGAGGCGGCGAACAGGUACUCCCCCUCCGCGGUACCUGCGCACAAUAGUACAUCGUCAAAUAAAAGCCUGGAUGGCUGCAGCAGAGAUGAAAGGCUAGUGAAAUGCCAGCUGUUUAACUUGUCCCUCUCCAACACAGAGCUCGACAUACUGCUGAACGGAAAGGAUAUGUAUUGGCUUGACUUAAGUGGGAAGGUUCCCGACAGUGUCUUUGCGCAUUGUAUUUCGUGCUCGCUGGAGUAUUUGGUUUCAGAUGCCGCAGGGAAUCCAGAGACUUGCGCGGUCGCACGAAAGGAGGCAGCAUGGUGUGACCUGUGGUGCCCGUUGCGUAAUACUUGCAUCCAAUGGUACCGGGGCCUGUUGAGCGAACGCACAAAGUUCGGUGGGCAUACCAAGCUUGGAAUGCACGUCCCAAGUCAUCGACCCUACGUUGUCAUUUUUCACGAUGCAUAUGUGACCCGAGAUGGUCACGUAUACAACGACGAGGUUGUGUUCAAUUCCCGAUGGCGCUGCCCGCGUUCACCUUUCUCCAUGGCCAAACCCGAGCGAGCGUGGGAGAAGUUCCGAUACAAGAAAGUACUUGUUGUAGAUUUCUACUGGAGGGGAAUUUAUCACGAGAUAAUCGAUGCUCUUGCACCAAUGACUGCCUACUACAAGGAACUGCUGGCUGACCCAGAGAUCAUGGUGCACGUGACUACAGAUAAAAACGACACGAAGUUCGAAGAGUUUCCUGAUGUGCUGCACAGGACUUCCCACAGCCUGGAGAAGAUGAUGGAAAUUCUGGGAAUCGAUCGGUCACGACUAGUGACGGGCGACGUCUAUGCGUUGGAAGUCGUUGCUGUGGAGUUCUCGUGCCAAAACAGUGAUCCGCUGGCUAUGAUCUACCUGCAACGCUUGUCAAAAAUCAUACAACGCAACAUGUUGCAAAAAGGCGAUGAUCACAUCAGCACGUCGACUGGGGAUAUUCCAAUCGGCAAGGGCAACAUCUUGGUCGUGAAGAGGAGCUUCAACAGAGUAAUUGAGAAUCAUGACGCGCUCUUGGCAUCCCUCAACCACAGUUUUACAAAGCAGCGGAGAACAGACACCAUGAUUCAGAUGUGGUGUUGCGUUGGGUAUUGUCGCUGGAGUUCGCCUGCUUUAGGGCGCAGUGCUCGUCUCUCCUGUGACCGGAAUACGAGCAGGUUUAAGAUGCUCUACACCUACCGUCGUCGAAUUGCCUUGUCCACGAGUUUGGCCGUGCAUUACGCGGAUGCAUGUCGCUAUUUGACAUGUCCUGCAUUUCCUGCACAAUGGAGUUAUAAGGUUUUAAGGUUUUAAGGUUUUAAGGUUCGAGUCCAUCUUCAGAAUCGCAUUUCCACUCCUUUCGGCAGCAGCAGAAGUAGCUCAACAAACCUGUUCCGAUGCG